AAAAGAAAAAGACCGCACGUCACGUGACCACUCCUGACUCCCAGCCCCAUCAUUUGAGGAAUAACGGCCUCCAUAUAUCCUAUAUAUGUUUUUCUAAACAGCAAAUUCCUCCUUUCAGCAGCGCGUAUUAUCGGAGGGAGGAAAAAGAAUCAUAGGAUGCAAUUUAAAGGAAAAGGAGGAUUAUAGCAUUAUUCUUGGAUUGUAAACGAGAGUUUUAGUUCUGACGGCCGCUCAGAUUGAAGUUUCUGCAUCUGAUUUGAAAGUGGAGGAAAACACUUAACAGUGAUCAUGGCUGAAAACAACUUCCCUCCCUUGCCAAGAUUCAUCCCCCUCAAGCCAUGUUUUUACCAGGACUUUAAUGAAAUCCCAGAACAACGGCGCUCCGUGUGCAAGAGGCUCUACUACCUCUGGAUCUUGAACUCUGCCACGCUAGCCGUUAACCUGAUUGGCUGCCUGGCCUGGAUGUGUGGAGGUGGAGGAGCUACCAACUUUGGCAUGGCCUUCCUGUGGCUCAUACUCUUCACCCCAUGUUCCUACGUGUGCUGGUUCAGGCCCAUCUACAAGGCAUUUAAGACCGACAGCUCUUUCAACUUCAUGGCUUUCUUUUUCGUCUUCAUGGCUCAGGUGGUGAUAAGUAUCAUCCAGAGUGUUGGCAUCCCAGGUUGGGGGGUCUGCGGCUGGCUGGCCACCAUCACCUUCUUUAGCACCAACAUCGGCUCAGCUGUCGUGAUGCUGAUUCCCACCAUCAUGUUCACUGCCGUGGCUGUGCUCUCGUUCGUCGCCCUUACUAAGGUCCACAACUUCUACCGUGGCAGCGGUGGGAGUCUGGGUAAAGCCCAGGAGGAGUGGGCCACGGGGGCCUGGAAGAACCCACACGUCCAGCAGGCCGCCCAGCAGGCGGCCAUGGGAGCUGCACAGGGAGCCAUGCAGCAGAACCAGUACUCAGCGGCUCCCACCUACAACUACGAUGACCCAAUGUAGGACAGACGGGCCAGCCGGAGGAGCGGAGAGGGAGAGCUAAAAAGAGAACAAUUAUGAACACAACUAAGAAUUAGGUGCCCUUCAUUUUAACGCAGGACAGGAUCAUUUUUAGGUAGAAAAAUGUAGGGAAAAAGGAGUCAGAAACGUACUUUUAAGCAAAUUUAAAAGUUUUAGAAAGUUCACUCUUAGAUCAACAAAUUGCUGUUAUUGUUUUGCUGCUCAGCAUGUGUGUUGAUUUCCUCCAGUCUGAUAUGGCUUUAAGAAAUCCCCUGAGGCGUUUAUUUUAUUCAUUCAGGUCCCAUCAUGUGUUGCAGCACUCAUACUCGCAAAUUGA